GACCUUUUUCCUCACGAUGAUUCUAGCCAUGCGCAGUAGUCGCAGGCUCGCCUUGCUGAGCUCGCAGUCAGCCCUUUGGGUUAUGAUGUUCGUGUCGACUAGCAUCGGUGUGAUGCUACGCAGGCUCACGCUGACGGUGAGCAGCGGUAGCAUCAUUCGGUGGACUGCCGCGGCACUAAUGAUUCUCUUUGGCCUGCAAUCCUUCCGAGAGACCAUGGGAGGGGACGAAGACGGCGAGGAGGACGAGGGCGAGAAGGGGGAUGCGCAGUCAGAAAUUGACGGUGUGCUGCACAAGGCUCGUGGCCAUCACCAUCCACACCGCUUCAGUCUGAUGUACGCCUUUCGCUUUGCGGUUCUGAUCUUCCUUGCGGAGUGGGGCGACCGGUCCAUGCUGGCGACAAUCACGCUGGCAACUACGAAGAGCCCACUGGGAGUUUUCAUUGGUGGCUGUUUUGGCCACCUGAUUGCCGGCACCUUGGCCGUCCUCAGCGGCCAUUUUCUCGAGGAGCAC